CUCAUCGCAGUGUGGGGCAACGAGCGGCUGGUGGAGGCGCGGUACCAGCAGCUGGAGGGAGCCGGCACGGUGUUCGGCAGCAAGGCCCCCGGGCCAGCCAUGUACGAGCGCGUGUCCCGGGCCCUGGCCGAGCUGGGCUACGAGCGGACCCCGUCCCAGUGCCGGGAGCGCAUCAAGCUGGUUCGAUGCCCAGAACUGAAUGCUGUGCUCCAGCUGUGGCCUCACCGGUGCUGAAUAGAGAGGAAGAGCCACCUUCAUAGCUUACAUACCCUUCGCAGGUGUUACAGUCGGGUGAAAGAACAUGGUGUUGGGAAAAGAAAGAGCAGUUACACAUUUGAACAGUUGGAACAGGUGUUUGGUCAGGGAGGAUGGGAUGCUCAGCCCUGCCAGCCUGUACUUAUUAACAGUAGUGGCUUGUACCAGGAGCUGGAGUCAGAUGGCAGCACUAUGGAGGAGUAUUCACAGGAGGACUGGGGAAACCACAGUCAGGAUCUCCAUGGCUAUCCAACAGAUCAGGAAUUGGAUGAAAUACCUGUCACAAAGAGAACGUUAAAAAUAAAACAGGAGUCUUCUGAAGAAGCGCAGAAAAGAGACAUCAUGCAGAAUAUUGUACAGAUUUUGGAAUCAGUACAGUUGAAAUGGGAACUCUUUCAGAGCUGGACAGACUUUUCAAGACUUCAUCUUUCUAAUAAACUGGCCAUUUUCGGAAUUGGUUAUAACACCCGUUGGAAAGAGGAUAUCCGUUACCAUUAUGCUGAGAUCAGCUCCCAGGUGCCCCUUGGCAAGCGCCUCCGGGAGUACUUCAAUUCUGAGAAGCCCGAGGGACGGAUCAUCAUGACCCGAGUGCAGAAAAUGAACUGGAAAAAUGUUUACUACAAAUUUUUAGAGAUCACUAUUAGUGAAGCAAGGUGCCUGGAGCUGCACAUGGAAAUUGACUGGAUACCCAUUGCCCACUCCAAACCAACUGGUGGGAACGUUGUUCAGUAUUUAUUGCCAGGAGGCAUUCCCAAAAGCCCAGGCCUCUAUGCCAUUGGCUACGAAGAGUGUAUUGAGAGGCCCUCCUCACCCCACAUGGAGCGACGUCCCCUGGACCCAGGAAAGGAGGGCCGGGUUGACUUGGAAACCCUUUCAGCACAAGCCUCACUACAGGUGGAAAUAGAGCCCACCCGAAUUAUCUAUUGCUACCUCGGGAUUGCUGAGGUCAGGACUCUGCAGCAAUGCUUAUUUUUACAUUUCCAAGCAAAUACCAAAACCUUCAGCAAAGAUUGGGUUGGUAUUAAUGGGUUUUUGUCUCAGAACUGUAUUGUGGAUCCUGGAGUUUCCCCCAAAUCCAUCUAUAUCAAAUUUGUAGAAGUAGAGAGGGAUUUUCUUUCUGCUGGCUCUUUGGUUGAGUGCCUGGAAAAAGCCAUUGGAUACCCCUUAAAAUUUAACAACUGAAUGUCGUCCUUCAUAAGGAUUUGGGCUCUUACCUCUCUUCUCACUUCCCAUUAUCCAGACUGUCCCUCAUCCAGAUGCUGCCAUCAGACUCUUCAUGGAAACUCUUUCCACGAUCGGGCCAGUACAACUAAGGAAUCAUAGCAGACUUUGGGCAGAAGAAACAGACCUCACCUGAAAAUGCUCAUUUUGAGCAAGCAAGCUACACAGCGGACUUGCAUGGUGGGCAGUUGUUUCUUUUUUAAAAAACAAACAAACAAAGCAAUUUUUAAAUGGAUUUUAGAGCCCUAAUGUAAACAAAUAUUAGGUACAUUCCAUAUUGGACAAAACUUAUACUUUGAGUUUCAUAUGAAAUUGAAAAAUUGUAUUUUUUUCACGAUGUUUCAUUUUUACACAUCUCUAUGUCUCUAUAUAAGUAUUAUUUACAACCUUGAAUAAAUAAGCAAUAGAUAAUGGCAAGUUAAAUCUCGAGUCACAGUAAAUAGACUGUUUUUCAAUAUUACCCUUAGCUACUAUUGUAUAUAAUUUAGAGUUUCAUUUUUUUCACCAGCCAAGUGUUUUGCUAUUCCCAAUCAGUGUUGCCUGCAAAGACCUUUGUUUCUGUGAUGUACCAACUUUAUGAUUGUGUUGCCAUUUAAACUUUUUUAAGGAAAAAAAUAUUAAAGUAAUUCCUGGCCUCGUGGC